UUGAUAAUUUUGAGUACAGCAAUGCAAUGCACUGAAUUGGAUGAAUUAAUGAAAAGGGAAUUAACUGUUCAGCCUCCCUCAAUUGAUGAUUUACGGAAACAUACAAGAAAUGUAUUCAGUUCAAAAUACAUCAAAUAUAUGUAUUCCAAAUUUAAAAAUGAGUGUCCAGCAGGCAGAAUGCGAAUAGCAAACUUCAGGCAAAUGUUUGGUCCAUACCUUCCAUCUUAUCUAAAUAACGACUAUAUUCUUAGAUUAUUUACAGCUUUUGCGAAUGGGAAAGAUGAAGUAUCAUUUCAGCAGGAUUUAAUGGAAUCAUUAGCGUUGCUCUGUCUGCCAACUCCUGAAGCUAAUGCUAUUUGGACAAUAAGGAUGAUCAAAGGUUGUGACGCUGACACAAUUACACAAACCGAACUGAUAUCCUUCGUACGAUCAGUUUUUCAAAUGGUAAUGGAAAAAUCGAAAAACAACACAGCAGCAGAAUAUGGCCUACAAAUGGUCGAUUCAUCUUUACAGGACAUUGUGCUUCAUCGAUCUCAGAAGACGUUUAAGGUGAAUGAUUAA